CUCUCUUUUUUUCUUUCAGUAUUUUGAUGGUUCUCCUCGUUGUCUUCUUUUAUACAUUGCACGAUCCACAUUAUUGAUCUGAGAAAGUUCUCACGGUUUUCUGUGCUCUAUUGAUUUCAAUUCAUAUUUCUUCCUCGGAAAAUAUCAAGGUGUCCAGAUUAUUUAUCCGUUGAAAAUUCCUGAUAUUUUAAAUCAAAUAACGUUUUCUGAUCCAAUUCCUUAGCUUUAUGCAUGCUUGGUUUUUUAUUCCGUAUUUGGGUUGUAGAUCUCGUAGCAUUAUGUUCUUCUGUUAAUUUGUUUCUUUUAUAGAUAUUCUAACGCUGCGUUUUACGUGCUCUCUCUAUUUCAUCGUCCCUGCUUUUGCGACUACUAAAAUUAAUUUACAUUUUCUUUGUUCCUUGGAGCAUGAAAUUUCAAAACAGUUUGUUGUGGUCCAAUUUGUCGCUAACGUGGGAUUAGCUAACGAACUUUUUUUCCCAUUUUUAAAAUGUUAGCAGCAUAUUCCUUGGUUUCAAUGGUUUCAGCUCUCUCUCUCUCUCUCUCUCUCUCUCGUGUUGCAUAGUUCAUGCUUUGUGAGUGUAAUAAUGCAUUCAGUCAAAUAGGGCGACGAAUUCCUCCCUGUUAAAAUAUGAGACCAACUAGUUGGCGAAUGGCGAUGGACUGGUUCGUGACUAUUAGGAGGUAUUCGGAAACUACUUAUGUCAGUGCCGUUGUACACAGGCACGGUGAUAUCCAAGUCCGCAUCGUAAAAUCAGGUCCUUGGUUUAGUUCUCACUGUUCAAGAUGGGAGGAGGAUUUAGAGUGCUGCACCUGGUCAGGCCAUUUCUCUCAUUUCUGCCAGAGGUUCAGAGUGCUGACAGGAAGAUUCCCUUCAGAGAGAAAGUCAUAUACACAGUCAUUUCUCUUUUCAUCUUUCUAGUUUGCAGUCAGCUUCCUCUGUAUGGAAUACACUCAACAACGGGUGCCGAUCCAUUUUAUUGGAUGCGUGUUAUUCUUGCAUCAAACCGUGGGACUGUGAUGGAGCUUGGAAUCACCCCUAUUGUGACAUCUGGGCUAGUCAUUCAACUCUUGGCUGGUUCUAAAAUCAUUGAAGUGGACAACAGUGUCCGUGAGGAUCGUGCCCUCUUAAAUGGGGCACAAAAGUUGUUAGGAAUCCUGAUUGCAGUUGGUGAAGCCGUUGCGUAUGUCCUAUCUGGGAUGUAUGGUAGUGUUGGUCAACUCGGUGUUGGGAAUGCCAUUCUUAUCAUUAUUCAGCUUUGUUUUGCUGGAAUUAUUGUUAUCUGCCUAGAUGAACUUCUCCAGAAGGGAUAUGGUUUGGGCUCUGGGAUCUCCCUUUUCAUAGCUACCAACAUCUGUGAAAACAUUAUUUGGAAAGCUUUUAGCCCCACAACUAUCAACAGUGGCCGGGGAGCUGAAUUUGAAGGUGCUGUUAUUGCUUUGUUUCAUCUACUUAUAACUAGGAGCGACAAAGUUCGUGCUCUUCGAGAGGCUUUUUAUCGGCAGAACCUUCCCAACGUUACUAAUUUGCUUGCUACGGUUUUGAUCUUCCUAAUUGUCAUCUACUUCCAAGGUUUCCGAGUAGUUCUGCCUGUUAGAUCAAAGAAUGCUCGAGGGCAACAGGGAUCAUAUCCGAUUAAACUUUUCUACACCUCCAACAUGCCUAUAAUUCUCCAAUCAGCCCUUGUUUCCAAUCUUUAUUUCAUCUCCCAGCUGCUAUACAGGAGGUACAGUGGAAAUUUCUUUGUAAAUCUGUUGGGUAAGUGGAAGGAAUCUGAAUAUUCAGGUGGCCAGUUUAUUCCAGUCGGCGGUCUUGCUUACUAUGUCACUCCACCAGCAAGCUUGGCAGAUAUGGCAGCCCAUCCAUUCCAUGCUCUAUUCUAUCUGGUGUUUAUGCUUUCAGCUUGUGCACUCUUCUCUAAAACUUGGAUUGAAGUGUCUGGGUCUUCUGCCCGAGAUGUUGCUAAGCAGCUUAAGGAACAACAAAUGGUGAUGCCAGGACAUCGUGAUUCAAACUUACAGAAGGAAUUGAAUCGCUACAUACCUACUGCAGCCGCAUUUGGUGGGAUGUGCAUUGGUGCACUCACAGUGCUGGCGGAUUUCAUGGGAGCAAUUGGCUCAGGAACUGGGAUAUUGCUUGCUGUUACAAUAAUCUAUCAGUACUUCGAGACAUUUGAGAAGGAAAGAGCGAGUGAGCUGGGGUUCUUUGGCUUUUAAACCGUAGUUGUCUGUUUUAGGGAAUGCUAGCUCUUUUAGGUGGUGCUGAUGAACUUCCCGUCAGUUUUGAUGAACUGAAAGAUGAGUAGGCCCUUCCUCGACAAACCGUGGAUGGAGGUCAAUACGUAGUUUGGUUAUGGUUAUUGACUUGCUACGCCUCUUAAUUUCAUGGAGUUACGUAGCAGACCGGGGAAGUUAAGCAUAACUGUCUGCAAAAGAGAACUUUUUUUGUUUUUUAGUUAUCUCGUUGCAUAAUCGAUGUUGUUUAGUUGCAUGCUGCCAGAGAAACUCUGAAUCCGGAGGUUCCCCAUAAUUUGGGUGUUAUAAAUUAAGACACAGGAGAUACCCAUUGAAAUAAAGUUUCCUUCAAUCAUUUAAUAUA